AUGCAGGCCCGCAGCAAGUCGCGGCUCUACAAGAUCGCCGGUGCCAUCCUCUUCCUGCUCACUGCCGCUUACUUCUUCUUUGGAAGAAGCAGAACUGGUCAGCUCGACACGGCCAUGUGCAAGGCGCCCUUCGACAGCGGCAAGCCAUUGACGCAGUACGUCCUCAUGGUCGAUGCCGGCAGCACAGGGUCUCGCAUACAUGUAUACAAGUUCAAUAACUGCCAGGAAGUGCCAGUGCUGGAGCAUGAAGCAUUCAAGAUGAUCAAUCCAGGUUUGUCGAGCUUCAAGGAGGAUGCACAAGGCGCGGCGCAUAGUCUAGAUCCACUACUUGACCUCGCGCUUGCAUCUGUGCCUAAGCAUCUGCAGAGCUGCUCUCCAAUCGCCGUCAAAGCUACAGCUGGACUGCGACUCUUGGGUGCAGAGAUGAGUGACAAGAUUCUGGAUGCAGUCAAGGCACAUCUGGAGGACUACCCCUUCCCAGUCAUUCAAGACGGUGUAGGCAUCAUGGAUGGCAAGGAUGAGGGCGUGUACGCUUGGAUCACUACUAAUUACCUGCUUGGCAACAUUGGCAGCGCAGACAAAACUCCCACAGCAGCAGUCUUUGACUUGGGCGGCGGCUCAACACAGAUUGUGUUUGAACCAGAGGCUGAUGUGGUCGACAUGCAUGAAGGCGAUCACAAAUACAAGCUGCAGUAUGGUGGCCGCGAAUUUUUGCUCUACCAGCACUCGCACCUCGGAUAUGGCUUGAUGGAGGCGCGCAAGGCAAUCCACCAAGAAGUACAAAAGACGGGCGGUGUCCAUCCAUGCUUCGCUCCAGGCACAACGAUGGAGGUGCAGCUCGCGGGCAAAGUGACUUUCACAGGUGCAGCGUCCAAUGGUGCAGCACAAUGCAGAUUCCUUGCUGAAAAGAUUCUCAAUAAGCAGGGCCUGUGCAAUCUGGCGCCGUGUUCAUUCAACGGCAUCUACCAGCCAGCGCUUGCGUCCUUCAAGGGCGAGGCCUUUGUCUUCUCCUACUUUCAUGACCGUCUCAAGCCGCUUGGUGUCCCGAGCUCAUUCACCGUGGGCGAUGUCAUGGCUUUGACGGAGCAAGUGUGUGCAGGCAAGGAUGGUUGGCAACAAUUUUCCGCCAUUGACGGUGCAUUAGCGGCACUGGAGGAGGAGCCAAACUACUGUCUGGAUCUGUCCUUCAUGGUCUCGCUGCUGCACCACGGCUACGAAAUGCCCGUCGACCGGCGCCUACGGACAGCCAAGAAGAUUAAGGACAACGAGCUGGGUUGGUGCCUGGGAGCUUCUCUGCCACUGCUGGACGCUGGCACAGGCGGCUGGUCAUGCCGCGUGACUGAGAUUCACUAG